CACGUCGCACGGGGCUCGGAGCACAGAUUGCCGAGGACACACGACACAACAAACGAUUUCCUCACACACGCGACCCAACCGCUGCCGCAAUGCUGUGACACUAUUUUCAAAACGUGAUCCUUUGUGAAGUCCUGUUGGGGACGAACCAAAGUCAUUAUGUCGUCCAUUUAUUCAGUGAGAUUCGUAAUUGACCACCUAUGAUUUAAACUUAAUCGAUGCGGCAUCAGCCAAACCAUUUGCCGCAAGAGCUGAGUGUACCAUUUCGUCUGCGUGCCAGCGCCGCAGCCAUGCAGCUACGCAGCAGCAGACGCCGUAGCAACAGCUGCUGGCGCUGCCUGGCGGCCAGCGCCCGCGGGCUGAGGGGCGCGGGGCGCCUGCUGCUCGACUACUGCGACUUUUCCUCCUUCCACGGCCUUCGCUUCAUCGCCGACGAGCGGCGCCACUGGACCGAGCGUCUCUUCUGGCUGGCGUGUUGCCUGCUGUCGUGGUACGGGUCCAUUCUUCUCAUCCGCGCCUCGUGGGACGCCUUUCAGAACAACGCCAUCAGCUUCAACACGGAGACCAACUACCUCUCCUGGGACACCAAAUUCUUUAGCGUUACUGUUUGCGAUGAAGAGCCUAGCAAGUACAUUGAGCUGGUGAUGAAAAACGAGAGUGGAAGCAGAAGAUUGCUAUUGGAAAAUCUAGCAUUCUUCAAGUACAAAAUAGUAGGAAUCAGAGCAAACAAAUGUUUUGAUCCCAAAGGAACUUUUAUCCCAAGCUCACAAUGCCCGACAGAUGGCUUCAAAGAACUUCUUACCAAGUUUCGGAGGCCAUGUGAACAAAUGUUCGGGGAGUGCAGGUGGAACGACGUUCCCUUUCCGUGUUGCCACCAGUUCUUGUUUCUGGAGAAUGAGUAUAGCACAUGCUAUUCUUUCAACAACAUCCAUACUGCAGAACCAAAGGUUGCACUCGACUUGAUUUCUAAUCGGAAAAAGGGCCCAGGAACUCUUUUCUUCGAAGUGAACGUCAAAAGUAAGUUUUACGUGAUGCCACGGCACGAGGUGCCCACCCUGAACACCAACGAGGUGUUCCUAUUGGUGCCACCACAGCAGAUCAAGCAACGCGUCUUGUACAACAUCAAGGAGGUAGAGAACGACCCGGAGGUGGCGCAAAUCACGCUGCACCAGCGCCGCUGCCGGCUGGAGGAGGAAGGCCUCGGGGUGUACCGCAAGUACUCGCACAGCGCCUGCAUGGUGCAGUGCCGCAUCGAGGCCCAGCGCCGCCUGUCCCAGAGGUCCAUCACGGAGAUGACCUUCGACCGCCUGCCGACCAUUCGCUUCCGCCGCAACGUCGUGCGCACCAAGUUGGAUCUCGUCGGUGAGCGGCUGCGCUGAGCGCGCGGCGCGUGUGCGACGGAGCCCUUUCCUCCUCCCGUUGUGUACUUGCUGGAACCCGUUUCGUAACGACCCUCAUUUCUGUUAUGUCAAAAAAAAAGGGAUGUACUAGGGAAAGCCAAAGUCGCCGUUAACCAGGAGGAUGUCCGAUGUUCACUGCAGAAGCCCCGAUUUUACCGUUCAGGAGAGAGAAUCCGUUCAACUUCGCCGCUUCGUUGCCACUAAUCACUAUAUCACACGCAUUCACCAUACUGCCGGUAGGCACUGACUGGCUGGGGUGCAGAUUUAUAUCCCGCUGGGGCUGAGGGUCCGCUGGCUAUAAGCCCCGGGGUAAGGGUGGUGGCGCGCUUUGCUUUGCCUAGCCGCGGCGGCGGCUGCUGCUGCUGCUGCUGUCGGUCUCUAUUGAGUGGCGUCAGAACUCUUGUUUUGGCGGCUCUUUCAAGGGUGCGCGGGUGACUACCGCAGUUUCGAUACAUAUUUCAUUAUGAUACA